AAGUCAUUUUAGCAUGUCCCAAAUUUCUUUAGCGUCUUUUGUCUGCACUCGUUUGAUUACACCUUUUUUCCCCAUCGUCUGUCUCUGCCAUUCAACCUAUCUCCUAAUCCCUUUCUCCCACCACCGCCCUUGUUAAGAUCAAUCCAGUUCUUCUCUGAGUUAUGGCAAGGGCGCUCGUUCAAUCAACCAACUUAUCUUCUUUAGUUGUGGGUGAAAGCCAUGGACAAUUCAAAGGUUAUAAGAAAACUAAAGGAAUAACUAAAAUGACAACUUGUAAUCUUCGGUUACCUCCAAUUAGGAUGAGAAACUUUUCUGGGUUAAGAGGUUCCAAUUUAUUAGAUACUGUUACAAGCUCUGGUCUUGAUUUCCAUUUUAAAGUGGCAUCUAAAGUGUCUGUCCGACGAGGUAGAGCAAGAAGAAUUGCGCCACGAGCUAUGUUUGAACGAUUCACAGAGAAAGCAAUCAAGGUUAUUAUGCUAGCGCAAGAGGAGGCAAGAAGACUUGGUCAUAACUUUGUGGGUACUGAACAAAUUCUGUUGGGUUUAAUUGGUGAGGGUACUGGAAUUGCUGCUAAGGUUUUGAAAUCUAUGGGGAUUAACCUGAAAGAUGCCCGUGUGGAAGUGGAGAAGAUUAUUGGAAGGGGUAGUGGAUUUGUGGCUGUUGAAAUCCCUUUUACUCCUCGAGCUAAGCGUGUAUUGGAGCUCUCUUUGGAGGAAGCACGGCAGCUUGGUCACAACUAUAUUGGCUCUGAACAUUUAUUGCUUGGAUUGCUCCGUGAAGGCGAAGGUGUUGCAGCUCGUGUUCUUGAGAAUUUAGGAGCUGACACAACCAAUAUACGCACACAGGUCAUACGAAUGGUGGGUGAAAAUUCAUCUGAUCCUGCUGUUGCUGCUGGUGUUGGAGGUGGAUCAAGUGGAACCAAAAUGCCAACACUAGAAGAGUAUGGAACGAACUUGACGAAACUAGCUGAGGAGGGCAAACUGGAUCCAGUUGUUGGAAGGCAGGAUCAAAUUCAACGUGUCGUUCAAAUCUUGGGUCGGCGUACUAAGAACAAUCCGUGUUUGAUUGGAGAACCUGGUGUUGGAAAGACCGCCAUUGCUGAAGGACUUGCACAAAGAAUUGCAAGUGGUGAUGUCCCUGAAACAAUUGAAGGGAAGAAGGUUAUAACCCUUGACAUGGGUCUCCUAGUUGCUGGCACGAAAUACCGUGGGGAGUUUGAAGAAAGACUUAAGAAGUUAAUGGAGGAGAUUAAGCAAAGUGACGAGAUUAUAUUGUUUAUUGAUGAGGUUCACACUUUAAUAGGAGCAGGAGCAGCAGAGGGUGCCAUUGAUGCUGCAAACAUAUUGAAACCAGCUCUUGCCAGAGGUGAAUUGCAGUGUAUUGGAGCCACCACACUUGAUGAAUAUAGAAAGCACAUUGAGAAAGAUCCUGCCUUGGAAAGACGGUUCCAGCCAGUUAAGGUCCCAGAACCUACUGUGGAUGAAACCAUACAAAUCCUGAAAGGACUUAGAGAAAGAUACGAGAUUCACCACAAGCUUCGCUAUACCGAUGAAUCUUUGGUUGCCGCGGCUCAAUUGUCGUAUCAGUAUAUUAGUGACCGAUUUUUGCCUGAUAAAGCUAUUGACUUAAUUGAUGAAGCUGGUUCUAGGGUGCGGCUUCGUAAUGCACAGAUGCCUGAAGAAGCAAAAGAACUUGAGAAAGAGCUGAAGCAGAUCACUAAAGAGAAGAAUGAAGCUGUUAGAGGCCAAGAUUUUGAAAAGGCAGGAGAGUUACGAGACAGAGAAAUGGACAUCAAGGCCCAAAUCUCUGUCAUAGUGGAAAAAGGCAAAGAAUUAACCAAAGCCGAAACCGAAUCCAACGACAAUGAAGGGCCAACAGUAACUGAAGCCGACAUUCAACACAUCGUCUCAUCCUGGACUGGAAUCCCAGUCGAAAAAGUCUCCACCGACGAAUCAGACCGCCUCCUAAAAAUGGAAUCCACACUCCACACCCGAGUCGUCGGCCAAGAUGAAGCAGUCAAAGCCAUAAGCCGAGCCAUUCGUCGAGCCCGAGUUGGUCUCAAAAACCCAAACCGACCCAUAGCCAGCUUCAUCUUCUCCGGUCCUACUGGAGUAGGCAAAUCCGAACUAGCCAAAGCUCUCGCAGCCUACUACUUCGGCUCCGAAGAAGCCAUGAUAAGACUCGACAUGAGUGAGUUCAUGGAACGCCACACCGUCUCCAAACUUAUUGGUUCCCCGCCUGGUUACGUCGGUUACACUGAAGGAGGUCAGCUGACCGAAGCGGUCAGGCGCCGCCCCUACACAGUCGUGCUAUUCGACGAGAUCGAAAAGGCCCAUCCCGACGUUUUCAACAUGAUGCUUCAGAUUCUGGAGGAUGGUCGGCUAACUGAUAGUAAAGGGAGAACCGUCGAUUUCAAGAACACACUUUUGAUAAUGACUUCGAAUGUGGGCAGCAGUGUGAUUGAGAAGGGUGGCCGCAGGAUCGGGUUCGAUCUCGAUUACGACGAGAAGGAUGGGAGUUACAACAGGAUUAAGAGCUUGGUGACCGAGGAGCUCAAGCAGUAUUUUAGGCCGGAGUUUUUGAAUAGGUUAGACGAGAUGAUUGUGUUUAGACAACUCACGAAGCUUGAAGUGAAGGAGAUUGCGGAUAUAAUGCUUAAGGAAGUGUUUGAGAGGUUGAAGAAGAAGGAGAUUGAACUUCAGGUUACAGAGAGGUUCCGGGAUCGGGUUGUGGAUGAAGGGUAUAAUCCGAGCUAUGGUGCCCGGCCUUUGAGGAGAGCGAUAAUGAGAUUGUUGGAGGAUAGUAUGGCUGAGAAGAUGCUUGGAGGGGAGAUAAAGGAAGGUGAUUCAGUCAUUGUAGAUGUGGACUCCGACGGGAAUGUUACUGUUCUCAAUGGGACCACCGGAGGAGCACCGGAAUCCUUGCCGGAGCCACUCCCUGUGUAAGUAGUUGAAGAAGAUAAUGAAGGUGGUGGGGUUUGAAAUUGAAAUUGUUUUUCUGCAAUACAUUAUGGAAUUAUAAAUAGUAAUAAUAGUAAUAAUAAUAGUAAUCAAAUACUAGUUCUGUAGAUAUAUAUGGAAGGGAGCUGGUAGAAUUAAAAUGUGACUAUGACAAGGAAGUCAGAUUAUGGCAAAGUUUCUCCCUUUGUUUUA